AUGGUGAAACGCCGCUACAACACAGACAUCUACGCGUAUGGGGUGCUGCUGUGGGAAAUGUUCGAAAUACCGUAUAAUUCACCGUAUGCCGAAUGGAAAGCCUAUACAGUAAAGCAAAAAGUGAUGGGUGGCUAUCGUAUGCCUCCACCGCCAGCUAUGCCCGAAGAGAUGGUGGCCGUUAUGGAGCUUGCAUGGAAUCAUGAUCCGGAGAAGCGGCCUGAUGCUACUGCUCUUCGAAAGCUGCUAGAAGAAGUGAACAGGAAAUACGGCGGUGACGAAGAAAGGUCCAAGUCGACAUCCAUCCUGAAAAGCCGUGCUUAA